AUGUCUCUAAACCCUAGUACUUCCAAACAGAAAUCAUCAUCUUCGUCAAAUCGAAAGCAUAAAUGGUCGAAAGAGAACGCUCCACCGUCGGAUCCGAACACAAUGCCGGACUAUUCAUCAUCACCGUCACCUUCCGUCUCCGCGAAACCAUCUCCGGCGGCGAAGAUCAAGAGCCCGCUUCCUCCACGGCCUCUGCCUUCUAACCCUCUUAAAAGGAAGCUCAGCAUGGAGAGUCUGCCUGAAAAUGGGGUCUCCGGAUCUUCAGAUUCUGGAGUCAAGGUAAUAGUGCGUAUGCGGCCACCAAAUAAGGAUGAGGAAGAAGGAGAGAUGAUAAUUCAGAAAGUUUCCAAUAAUUCUUUGUCAAUCCUUGGACAGACAUUUACAUUUGACUCUGUUGCAGACAGUGAGGCAACACAGCUAGAUAUAUUCCAGCUUGUGGGAGCUCCUCUUGUCGAGAAUUGUCUUGCUGGGUUCAACAGUUCUGUAUUCGCAUAUGGACAGACUGGGAGUGGAAAGACGUAUACAAUAUGGGGGCCAGCCAAUACCUUAAUGGAAGAAAACCUAUCGAGCGAUCAACAAGGCAUAACACCCCGUGUUUUUGAGCUACUUUUUGCCCGCAUAAACGAGGAGCAAAUUAAGCACGCUGACAAACAGCUCAUGUAUCAGUGUCGCUGUUCUUUUCUCGAGAUUUACAAUGAACAAAUCACUGACUUGCUGGACCCAAUUCAAAGAAAUCUCCAGAUAAGAGAAGAUGUGAAAACUGGUGUUUAUGUUGACAAUUUGACAGAAGAGUGUGUGUGCACAAUGAGGGAUGUGACACAGCUUUUGAUAAAGGGAUUGUCAAAUAGGAGGACUGGCGCCACCUGUAUAAAUGCCGAGAGUUCCAGAUCACAUAGUGUAUUCACUUGUGUUGUUGAAUCACGAUGCAAGAGCAUGUCAGAUGGGUUAAGCUGCUUUAAAUCAAGCAGAAUAAAUCUUGUUGAUCUUGCUGGGUCAGAAAGACAGAAGCUGACCGGUGCAGCUGGAGAACGAUUGAAGGAAGCAGGGAACAUAAAUCGAUCACUUUCACAGCUCGGGAACUUAAUAAACAUUCUCGCGGAAGUUUCUCAAACAGGAAAGCAAAGGCACAUCCCCUAUAGAGAUUCCAAGUUGACGUUCUUAUUGCAGGAAUCUCUUGGUGGUAAUGCAAAACUAGCGAUGGUCUGUGCCAUCUCUCCAGCGCAAAGCUGCAAAAGCGAGACAUUCAGUACAUUAAGAUUUGCCCAGCGCGCAAAGGCUAUCAAAAACAAGGCAGUCAUUAAUGAAGAAAUGCAGGAUGAUGUAAAUGUUUUGCGUGAAGUGAUACGACAACUUAAGGAUGAACUUCUUCGAAUGAGGGCAAAUGGCAACCAAACUGAUGCAAGUGGAGGCUCUCUAAGAGGAUGGGAUGCCCGUAGAAGCCUGAAUCUCCUGAAAUAUAACCUCAAUCGUCCAAUGACACUACCUCAUGUAGAUGAAGAUGGUGAUGAAGAAAUGGAAAUUGUUGAAGAAGGUGAUCAAGAUGGUCUUGCACUAGCAGAAACUGAAGAAACCUGCACCUUGGAUGAGGGGACACAAGAAAUUGCACAACCAAGUUCACAACUUUUGCACUCUAAAGGAACUGGGGAACACCAGCCAAACACGGCUGUAAAUGCAUGUAUUGAAGAACAAAGUUUUUGGGAUUCAGAUGUUAAUAUGGAAGAAGAAAUAUCUGAACAAGUGGACAAGCAUGAAGUCAUUGUUGGUCAUUGUAGUGAAUCUAAUACAAACAUUCUAAGUUGUUCCAAGAGUGGUGUGUUAAACAAUCAUAAUCCCACUGACGAAGUGGUUCCAUCUGAUCUGAGCAUAGUUCCAUGUGAAGUAUCCCCGGUUCUUAAAUCCCCCACUCCAAGUGUCUCGCCAAUAGUUAAUAACAGCAGCAGGAAAAGUCUUAGGACUUCAUCAACGUUGACUGCUUUCCAGAAAGAUUUGGAAGAAAGUAGUAACUUAGUCUCAGAGGCUGGACGUGCAUCUUUUGCAAAGGCAUCAAAAAACAGCUUUGGGAAUGCCUUGUCUAGUCAAUUAAGUAGAACUUGUUUUGCAUCCACUGAACAACUGGCCGCUAGUCUCCAUCGUGGUCUUGAAAUUUUUGGUAGCCAUCGCCAGAGUUCGGCUUUGAGGAGGUCAUCAUUCAGGUUUUCUCACAACCCUGAAGACCUCAAACAAAUUUUACCAGUUCAAAGAGUUGAUGUGGGUAUCCAAACGUUUCUUCAAGAUAAUGAGAUGCUGGAACAGGAUUCGGUGGUCUUUUUGUGUAGUAAGUGCAAGAAUAGAAAUUCUCAAGAGAUCAAAGAUGCCGAUGACAGUUUGAAUAUGCAGUUAGUACCAGUUAAUGGGUCACAAUCAUCUGACAAAUCGAAGAAGCAAGUUCCUAAAGCUGUGGAAAAGGUUUUAGCAGGAUCUAUUAGGAGAGAGAUGGCAUUAGAAGAGUUUUGUGCCAAGCAAACUUCUGAAAUCAUGCAACUUAAGCGUUUGGUGCAACAGUACAAACAUGAGAGGGAAUGCAAUGCUAUAAUAGGACAAACACGGGAAGACAAAAUUGUCCAUCUUGAAAGCCUGAUGGAUGGCGUUUUAUCUACCAAGGAGUUCAUGGAGGAUGAAUUAGUGUUGUUGACAAAUGAGGUUAAGCUUUUAAGGGAAAAAUAUGAUAACCAUCCGGAAGUUUUGAGGACAAAAAUUGAGUUAAAAAGAAUUCAAGAUGAGCUGGAACGGUAUCAAAACUUCUUUGAUAUGGGUGAGAGGGAUGUGUUGGUGGAAGAAAUUCAAGACUUAAAAAGCCAACUACAAUAUUAUAUAAACUCUUCACCAUGUUCGGCUAGGAAACGCAAUUCUCUUUUGAAAUUGACCUAUCCAUGUGAGCCUAUUGUGGUUCCACCUUUGGGCUCAAUCCCAGAGUUGACAGAGGAGAGUGCAGAGCAGAAACUUGAGCAGGAAAGAGUUCGUUGGACUGAAGCUGAAAGCAAGUGGAUUUCUCUUGCAGAAGAAUUGAGAGUUGAACUUGAAGCUAGCCGCUCGCUUGCAGAGAAGCAAAAGCAGGAAUUAGAUAUGGAGAAGCAAUGUUCAGAAGAAUUGAAGGAAGCGANUAUGAGGGCAUCUACAGGAAUUUUUGGUACCUUUUUUCUGGCUAUCCCUGUUCUAAUGUAUGUAUGUAACACUGUCAUUAUCCUGCAGGCUGUGGAAAAGGUUUUAGCAGGAUCUAUUAGGAGAGAGAUGGCAUUAGAAGAGUUUUGUGCCAAGCAAACUUCUGAAAUCAUGCAACUUAAGCGUUUGGUGCAACAGUACAAACAUGAGAGGGAAUGCAAUGCUAUAAUAGGACAAACACGGGAAGACAAAAUUGUCCAUCUUGAAAGCCUGAUGGAUGGCGUUUUAUCUACCAAGGAGUUCAUGGAGGAUGAAUUAGUGUUGUUGACAAAUGAGGUUAAGCUUUUAAGGGAAAAAUAUGAUAACCAUCCGGAAGUUUUGAGGACAAAAAUUGAGUUAAAAAGAAUUCAAGAUGAGCUGGAACGGUAUCAAAACUUCUUUGAUAUGGGUGAGAGGGAUGUGUUGGUGGAAGAAAUUCAAGACUUAAAAAGCCAACUACAAUAUUAUAUAAACUCUUCACCAUGUUCGGCUAGGAAACGCAAUUCUCUUUUGAAAUUGACCUAUCCAUGUGAGCCUAUUGUGGUUCCACCUUUGGGCUCAAUCCCAGAGUUGACAGAGGAGAGUGCAGAGCAGAAACUUGAGCAGGAAAGAGUUCGUUGGACUGAAGCUGAAAGCAAGUGGAUUUCUCUUGCAGAAGAAUUGAGAGUUGAACUUGAAGCUAGCCGCUCGCUUGCAGAGAAGCAAAAGCAGGAAUUAGAUAUGGAGAAGCAAUGUUCAGAAGAAUUGAAGGAAGCGAUGCAGGUGGCCAUGGAGGGCCAUGCACGCAUGCUUGAACAGUAUGCAGAUCUUGAGGAGAAACACAUGCAAAUGCUUGCGAGGCAAAGGAAGAUUCUUGAUGGAAUAGAUGAUGUCAAGAAAGCUGCUGCAAGAGCUGGAGUGAGGGGUGCUGAAUCCAAGUUCAUUAAUGCCCUGGCUGCAGAAAUUUCAACACUAAAAGUUGAAAGAGAAAAAGAGAGGAGGUAUCUCAAGGAUGAGAAUAAAGGGCUUCAGGCCCAACUUAGGGACACUGCCGAAGCUGUACAGGCUGCUGGCGAAUUGCUUGUGCGGCUCAAAGAAGCAGAAGAAGCUGUGGCCACUGCACAGAGGCGAGCAAAAGAAGCUGAGAAAGAAACUGAGAAGGCUUACAAAGAGAUCGACAAAUUGAAGAAGAAACACGAAAGAGAGAUUAGUACUAUGAAUCAGCUCAUUGCAGACUCUCGUUUGCCAAAAGAAGCAUUACGACCUGUUUACAAUGACACUGACAUAACAAAAUAUGACGAAGUGAGACUCCUGAGUACAGAUGAUCAGCGAUGGAGAGAGGAGUUUGAGCCAUUUUACAAUGCUGAAGAAGGGGAGUUAUCCAGACUAGCAGAACCCUAUUCGUGGGUCUCUGAAUAUGAUCGAUGCAACAUAUAGAGACAGGAGUUUAGUGGUAACCUUAUUGUAUACUAGCAGUUUUUUGUUAUAUAUCUGUGAAAAUGAAUCCAUUUUGGUUGGUCUUCAGAGUGUUAUCAGUAGUUCUCACAAUUGUGAGGACUAAUGUAUUUGUUCUCUUAUUGUGCUCUGUAUUCAAUUUGGAUUCUUUCAUCACAAGAGUUGAAUGAAUAAAUGGUUCUUCACUUUUCUCAGGCUCAGAAUCUCGG